AUGGUUCAAAUUCUCCGUCUCUUGCCGCUUGUAGGCUUCGUCUCAGCCGCCAUGGCCGCCUGCCCUAUGGCCGAGCUCACGCGUCGCGGCAAUGUCCCCGCUGACAUCGCUGCGCGAUACCACGCUGGGCUCGGUCUUGGCGACCUCAGCGCCGACAAACGUGGCGAAGCGCCCGUUGAGCGUGCCCAAGCUCCUCCAGGCUCUCACAAUGAUCAGCCUCCCCUUCUUGACCCCUUGAGCGGCAUCCUUUCGCCGCUUGGACUGGGCGGCCUGACUCCGCGCUCCGACUCCCUUCCUGAGCACCUCGAGAUGCAGCGUCGUCACAUCCUUGAACGUCUCAACGAGCGCGAUGAGGACGUCGACAUCGAUGCCAGGGUCCUCACCCCCAAAGCGCAGAAGCGCCACUUCGAAGAGCGCGGUCUUAUCGGAGGCCUUCUGAAACCUCUUCAGGGUCUCCUUGCUCACCUCGACAUUCCUGCUCCUUAUGAAACCGGACUUAAAGCCAUUCCUGGAAACGAUCCGGACCACCAGUACAAAGCUCCUGAUUCUACCGAGACACGCGGAACCUGUCCCACUUUGAACGUAAAUUUUCGGUUUUUGUUUGUGACGCUUUUGACGAUAAAAGCUGACCAUCGCUUCCUUCUUCGUCUUGGGUGCCUACAGACGUUGUGAGUUGUUGACGAAUUCGCAAUCCUCUCGAAAUCGUUCGCCUUUGCUGAUACCCUUCAAACCACUGCUGUGCCGCCAGAGCAAACCAUGGGUGAGGACUUGCUGGCUGGCCAGUGAAGAGGGGAGGAGUGACGAGCUACAGCAGAGGGUGUAAAUGUUUUACAAGCGCCGUGGGGAUGGAGUCAGGAGUUGGAAGCGCACCGCGCACAUGUCACGUGACACCCUGCACCGCCUUGGCCUGAUCGCUCGAUGGCUAAAACGUUGACCACCCUGCAGAUACAUUGAUCGAUCUGGCAUCACCACUUUUGCUGAGGCGGCCAAUGCCAUCCAAGAGGCUUACUCGAUCUCCUUUGACCUCGCCGUCGGCUUAUCUGCGCUGGGUCUGCUGGCGGGUGGUGACAUCAUCACCGGCAAGUACUCUCUUGGUGGUCAGGACCCCCGCGUUCCCAACACCCUUGGCCCUGCGCUGGGCAUCAACAGGCACGGUCUGUUCGAGCUAGAUGGUUCCAUCAGCCGUAGCGAUGCUGGAUUCGGUGACAACCACUCCUUCAACCAGACCAAGUGGGACGCUCUGGUGGAUGACACCAAGAAGUACGGUGGAGGUUUGUUCAACAUUGAGGCCUUCAAGCGUAAUGCUGCCACCCAGAUCGAGGCAAGCCGCAACACCAACCCAACGGUGAGUAGCGAAGCGCGACUGUCAGCAAAGCUCUUCUGAGUACGUCUUUCUCCCCUGCAGUACACCAACGGCCCAAACUUUUUUGUGAACUAUGCUACUCGUGCUUUGACCGCUCGUCCUCUGCCCAACGGUACAGCCCCAAACACUCCUGGUGAGUCGCAGUCGCCUUACCGCCCUGCCUUUGAGUCGUCUUGAGGCACUGACAUUGCUUUUCGCUGUCUCAACGAAGAUUACGCGAACGUGGCCCCAUUCUUCCUUGAAGAGAAGUUCCCCGAAAACUGGUUCAGAAUUCCCAACGCCUACUCGCUCGUCGACUUGCUUGGUGACGUGGCAUCUUUGCUUCUCUUCAAGCCUCAACCUCUCGGCGAGACCCACAACGGUCGCUUUGUGCCACUCGAGGUGAACGUGCCCACCCUACCAGAGGACGUUGCUUGCUUCGCCUUCGCAGCACUCGUCGACGUUGCUCCUGGUCAGGUCUCCGGUGGCAUCCAGGUGCUCAACGCCAUCAAGGACCAGCUUUUCGCUCCUCUCUUCAAGUCCGUCAAGUGCGACAUUGACGAGUUCAGCAAGCGUCAACAAGGAGGUAGUGGUAUCAAUGGCGGUCGCCGUUCGGUGACCAGCUAUUCCCGCGAGGCUUGA